CGCAUUGAUCGUUCUCCGCUGAAAUACACAUCGUGAAAAUUACGCGUUACUUUUGGAUUUGAAUUUAAUGUUUAAAAAUUUCAGGAAAAAUAAAUCUAGUCAGGUUACGAUUGUUGAAAAUAUUCUCUAAAUGAAUAUCGAAAAAAAAAGAAAAAAAAAAUUGAUAAUAAUUCGAUAAAAAGAAAUUGAAUCGGUGAUAAUACAAUUUAAAAAUGAAUCCUUUAAUUAGGUGUUAAAGAAUCAAACAGUGUUCGUCUUUUUUUCUCACAUUAAGAGAUGAACGACCUCUGAAUAAAUUACCACAAGGAAGAUUACAUCAGACAAACGACCAAUUGGUCGUUAUUUAAUCAAAUAGGAAACACUUGUGUCUUCUUCUGAUGCAAUAAAAUACUCAAAUUUGCCAUAGUGAUUUUUAUCCGGUGGACUUGAAAUAUGAAUGCCUUUAGAAUUGCCAAAAAUGUUGGAACUACAUCCAGUAGACAUGGAAAUAGAAUUUUUAAAAGACCCCAUUGUUCUGCAAACUGGAAAAUGCCUGCAGAACUGGAGGAAGUCAAGGGGAAGCGAGCAACUUUUGGAAUGGGUUGCUUUUGGGCAGGAGAUUCAUUAUUUGGAGCAACACCUGGUGUAAUUCGUACUUGCGUCGGUUAUGCUGGUGGUAAUAAGGAAAAUCCAACUUACAGAAAUAUCAUGGAUCACACAGAGGUCAUAGACAUUGAAUAUGAUCCCGAAAUCAUCUCAUUCAAUCAACUUCUUAAUUUAUUUUGGAAUAAUCAUGAAUAUGGAUUAACUAGAAAAAUCAAGACCCAGUACAUGUCAUUGAUUUUGUACCACGACGAGGAACAGAAGAUAUCAGCUGAAAAGUCACGAGACCACGAACAAAGAGAGCGUAAUGAACAAUUGAUAACUAAAAUUAAGGAAUUUCAGAAAUUUUAUCCAGCCGAAGACUAUCAUCAAAAAUAUCGAUUACAAGAUCAUCCUUGGCUACUUGAGACUCUGGGAAUCACAAGUUCGGAAUCGUUGAGAACUUCUCCUGUUGCGGCAAAACUUAAUGGAUAUCUAGCUGGUGCAGUGUCUUAUGAACAAUAUAAAGAAGAUCUACCUCGACUUGGUUUUAGUGAAAAAGUAGCUGAAUACGUUGGCAAAAUUGUUGUCGAAAAACAAAAUACUGGUCUAUAUUGUUAGCAUUUAUGUGCAAAAAUUAUUCAUCAAAUUUUUAAUGUGCGACGAAGUCAAAUUGGAAAUUUUAGCCUGAUUACUUUUUAAUUAAAGACAAUUUUCUUAGGUACAAA